AUGUGGCCAACCUCAUCCACCAAUUCCGCCGCUUCUGCUGCUUCUUCUUCUGCUUCAUCAUCCACUUCGUCGAUGGAGUUUUCAGACAAUCGUUCCAUUCCACCUGAAUUACUGCAAUCUCUUAGACAACACUCCUUAUUUCAGCGCACAAACAACGAGAGCUUUCUAGAGAGACUUGCCUGUUGCAUGCAUCUUCGAACAUAUGGUCCGCGCGAUGUGAUUAUCGUUGAAGGCGAACAGGCCAAAGCCAUGUUCUUUCUGCUGCGAGGGUCUGUGGAUGUCUGCAGCGCUGAUUUCGAACGUAUCUAUGCAACAUUGCCCAAAGGCUCUUGCUUUGGUGAAAUUGGUAUCCUGUACUCUAUGCCUCGUACAGCCACAGUCAUUGCAAGCACCAAAUGCAUCGUUGCAGCCCUCACAGCCGAUGAAGUCAAGACCAUCCUGCCAUUGUAUCCAGAAGUCGAGAAGAUACUUCGAUUUGAAGCCGAAGAGAGACUGACCAUGUUGAACAAGAGCAAAAACUUGAGUGUGGCCGAUAAAGUCAGCCAUAAGCCAUUGACUGAACGCAACAUUGAAGAUCUGACAAGCGCUCGUAAUCUGUUGCAAAAGAUUCCUUAUUUCCAGAGCUGUCCAGAGGAGUUUCUGCACUUGAUAUCACUCAAAGUGGAACCCCGUCAUUACUCGCCAAACGACUUGAUUCUAAAGAGAGGAGAUCAGGGAAAAGAGCUGUUUUUUAUCAUCAGUGGCACAGUGGAAGUGGCUAAUAUGGACACAGCCACAUCAGACCCUUUGACCCCAAUUGCACGUUUAUCCGCAGGUGAUUACUUUGGAGACAUAGCAGUUCUUUUGAACGCACCACGUGCUGCUGAUGCCCGAGCUGUAACCACAAUCGAGUUGUAUGUGCUGAACAAGUGUGAUUUCAUUGAUGUUAUCAGUCGUUUUCCUGAAUUACAAAAGCACUUCAGGAUGAUGGCUGAAAAUUCGCUGAAUGAUCUGAGACUCAAGGCAUCGUUGCUGACCAAGGUGGACGCAGAAACAGCAACACCUGCCAUACCGCCUGAAUCGCCCACGGAUACACCACUCGACGGCAUUUCAUCCACUGUCGCCUAUGCAACACCUCCUAUCACAUUGGACUCAGUAUGCAGCACCACCAGUGACCAAGAUCCAACUCUGCUACCACCGACCACUGCCAAUGUGCUGAAAACCACAGAAACCAGAAGAAGACGAGGCAGUGUAGCUAUCUGGUCUGAUCCUAACCUGGUGGCACUUGCCAAUCGCAACAUCAAGGAGCCAGUCAAAGAAUCCAAAUUGAAAGGGAAUGCCGUCAUCAGCACUGCAGACCAACAAGACACCACCAUGAAGCCUCCUGAGUAUGCGGGCGACGGUAGAUUUGAGCUGCUCAAUCAAGUCGUACUGAGCCGCAUCAUCAACUGCUUGGAUUUCAGCUCCAUCCUUCAAUUCUCUGCUGUCUCCAAAAAGUGCCGAGAAUUUGUGCAAAAGAGUGAUGCAGUGAUGCAACACGUCGAUCUCAGUCAUCUCAACAAACGUAUCACAGACACUGCCUUGGAUCACAUCAUGGCAUUGGUUGCAAGUGAGGAUGGUGGUGGUGGUGCUCGCAUCAAGGAGCUGAAUUUAUCGCAGUGCUUUUACAUUACAGACGACGGAUUCAAGCGACUGAUUGAACAGCUACCCAGCUUGGAAACCUUGGAUCUCAACUCAUGUUGGCUGUUGACAGACAAGAGCUUGGCACUGUUAGCAGCAAGCUGUCCUCAAUUGACCCGGCUCGAUUUGUCCAACUGCAGAAAGAUCAGCGAUAUCGGCAUUUUCAAAAUGUUGGAUGAAAAGCAGACGCGUGGAUUUCCAGAGCUCAAGGAACUCUCGCUCUCUUAUUGUAAAAAGUUAUCGGAUAUGACCAUGGGCCAUUUAGCGGAAUUCUGCAGCAACACAUUAGAAUCACUCAAUAUACAACGUUGCACUCGUAUCACAGAUCAAGGAUUUGUCAAGUGGGCCGACACUCAGUUUCCUCGACUCAAGUAUCUCAACCUCACCGACUGCAGUUUCCUGACAGAUCAAGCCAUUUCUCACCUGGUAUCCGCUGCACCUCAACUGCAAAAUCUGUCUCUUAGUUUUUGCUGUGCUCUGUCUGACAAUGCCAUUGAAGGUCUCAUCUCCUUGCCUCAUUUGCAAGAACUGGAUGCCAGCUUCUGCGGUGCUGCAGUGUCUGAUGUCUCCAUAAGGGCUCUGCUGAAAUCCGGCUCCUUUGAUUCCAUGAAUUCCUUGAAUCUGAGAGGCUGCGUGCGCAUUACAGACAUUUGUAUCAAAGCCAUUCUGGAAUGGGGCCGCUUGAACACCCUCAACAUCAGCCAGUGUCCUGGAAUCAGCUUGGAUGCCAAGCAAAUCAUCAAAGAAUCAGGCAAUGUCCAUCAUCUCGUUGUUUAA